CAAUAUUCUCAAACCCGAAAAACUGAAGUCGACGGUUUGGCUUUACUAGGGUUUUGCAUGAACAGCAGCUGAAAGAGAUCAAGCAUGAUUGGGAGGAGGUUUAUUUCAUUUUUGAGGCGCAACCCUCUUCCUUCUAGCGGCAGCAGCUCGGCCAAAGUGGGGGUGGAGGAGGAAGCAAAACCGAAAGCAUGGGGCCGGAGAAUUGUUUCUGGCGGGUUGAUUUGUGUCACCGGUGGGGUUGCUUUAAGCGCGCUUGAUGACCUUGUCAUUUAUCAUGGUUGUAGCAGCAAAGCCAUGGAGAAAGCGAGCAAGAACCAGGCGGUUAUAGAUGCAAUUGGGGAGCCAAUUGCUAGAGGUCCUUGGUACAAUGCAUCACUUGCAGUGACUCACAAAAGGCAUUCUGUCUCUUGCACUUUUCCUGUUUCUGGGCCCCAAGGCACCGGAAUCUUUCAACUAAGGGCUGUUCGCAGCGGAGAGAGCUGGCUUUCAUUUUUCCGGCCACGUGAUUGGGAAAUCUUAAUAAUGGAAGCUCUCCUACAUGUUCCUGAAAACGAAGAAAAGAAUAGAACAUUCAGAAUCCGCAUCUCGGAUGACAUAUCUCCACCCGCAUGCCAGCCAUGCAUCACCGGCUGCACCAGAAGUCAAGAACCAGAUAUUCCUGAAAAGACACAUGCUCAAACCAGCUAGUAUUGCUGAAUUUUACCAUUUUCCAGUUUCACACAUAAUGCUGAAAGGAAGCAGGUAUUCAGGUGCUUAUCUUAAUAAAGAUUUUGCUUUUGAAGCAUUUGUUUACACAUUUUAUAUAAUUGAUGAUGAUGUUCUUGAGUUGGCCAAACUCGAAUCAACCUUCAGAAAUCUGUUGGUUGUAGUUGUUCGGCUUUGGCCAACGUUUGUGGUCGUUAUCUGCUAGAGGGCUAUUGCCAUUUUAUUGUUUUUUUGGUUCAAUGUCUUGAUAGAUUAUGCUCUAUAUGAUAUUGUUGUAGACUUGUAGCAUACAUUGAAUUUAUGACCCGUGACAAAUAUUCGUUAUUUUUUGUUGCAUUUAUAUAUGGAAAAUACUUACGC